AUGUUGACCAACUUUGAAACUAAAUCGGCCCGUGUAAAAGGUCUCUCUUUCCACCCAAAACGUCCAUGGAUUCUAGCUAGUUUACAUAGCGGCGUUAUUCAACUGUGGGAUUAUCGCAUAAGCACACUGAUUGAAAAGUUCGACGAGCAUGAUGGUCCAGUACGCGGAAUUGCUUUUCAUAACCAGCAGCCUCUCUUCGUUUCCGGCGGCGAUGAUUUUAAGAUCAAGGUUUGGAACUACAAACAGCGUCGUUGUAUUUUUACGCUGUUGGGACACUUAGAUUACGUACGGACUACCGUGUUUCAUCACGAGUACCCUUGGAUUUUGAGUGCAUCGGAUGAUCAAACCAUUCGUAUCUGGAAUUGGCAGUCUCGGUCAUGCAUUUGUGUGCUAACCGGUCACAACCACUACGUAAUGUGCGCUCAGUUCCAUCCAAGUGAUGAGGACAUUAUUGUAUCGGCAUCGUUAGAUCAAACCGUUCGCAUCUGGGACAUUUCCGGCCUGCGUAAGAAAAACGUAGCUCCCGGUCCGACAGGACUAGACGACCAUCUGAAAAAUCCAGGUGCAACGGAUCUUUUUGGCCAAGCCGACGCCGUAGUGAAGCAUGUAUUAGAAGGACACGACCGUGGAGUUAACUGGGCCAGUUUCCACCCUUCGUUACCGUUGAUUGUGUCAGGUGCCGAUGAUCGACAAGUAAAACUAUGGCGCAUGAACGAGUACAAAGCCUGGGAGGUAGAUACAUGCCGCGGACACUACUACAACGUAUCUUGCGUUUUGUUCCAUCCCAGGGCUGACUUGAUCAUAUCAAACAGUGAAGAUCGCAGCAUUCGUGUCUGGGAUAUGACUAAACGACAGUGCAUUCAUACAUUCCGUCGUGAAAAUGAGCGUUUCUGGAUUUUGGCAGCGCAUCCAAAUUUGAAUUUGUUCGCGGCAGGCCAUGAUUCGGGAACGAUAGUGUUCAAGCUCGAGCGUGAACGUCCGGCAUACGCGGUGUACGGAAAUUGUUUGUACUAUGUUAAAGAACGUUUUCUUCGAGAGCUCGAUUUCAACACAAACACCGAUUCUGUUGUGAUGACGAUUCGAGGUGGAGGUAAAACCCCCGUCUACAGUAUGUCGUACAAUCCUGCACUAAAUGCUGUGCUGCUGUGCACUCGGACGUCUAAUCUGGAAAAUAGUACAUACGACCUGUAUAGUAUUCCACAGAAGGAUAGCGGUUCGCAAAACAAAGAGACGGAUAGCAAACGGUCUUCUGGUGUAACAGCUGUUUGGGUAGCACGUAAUCGAUUCGCCGUGCUAGAUCGUGCCAAUCAACUGGUAAUAAAGAAUUUCAAAAACGAAGUAACUAAGAAGAUUCAAACACCAGUUUGUGAUGAGAUAUUCUACGCUGGCACCGGCAUGUUACUUUUGCGUGAACCCGAACAUGUAACCCUGUUCGAUGUGCAGCAACUACGCUCAUUGGCUCAGGUGAAAAUUGCCAAGUGCAAGUAUGUCGUGUGGUCUACUGAUAUGAGCCAUGUGGCGCUGUUGGCAAAGCACACGCUAAACAUUUGCAACAGACGUUUAGAUUUACUCUGCUCCAUUCAUGAAAGCGCAAGGAUCAAAUCGGGCGCAUGGGAUGAAUCGGGUGUGUUCAUAUACACUACUUCAAACCACAUAAAAUACGCGAUCAUAAAUGGUGACCAUGGCAUAAUCCGUACGCUUGAUCUUCCAAUCUAUAUUACACGCGUGAAAAAUAGCCAAGUGUUUUGUCUGGAUCGCGAAUGCCGUACGCGUUUGCUAACGAUCGAUACCACCGAGUACAAGUUUAAGCUUGCAUUGAUCAACCGAAAGUACGAGGAGGUACUACACAUGGUGCGCAAUGCUCGACUGGUGGGUCAGAGUAUUAUUGCAUAUUUGCAGCAGAAAGGUUACCCUGAGGUGGCAUUGCAUUUCGUAAAGGACGAGAAAACGCGUUUCGGAUUAGCGUUAGAGUGCGGAAACAUAGAGGUGGCAUUGGAAGCAGCAAGAGCAAUGGACGACAAACAGUGCUGGGAGCGGCUGGCUCAGAGUGCGCUAAUGCAAGGAAACCAUCAGGUGGUAGAGAUGUGUUAUCAGCGUACGAAGAAUUUCGAUAAACUUUCGUUCCUGUAUCUGAUAACUGGUAAUUUAGAUAAAUUGAAGAAAAUGAACAAGAUUGCUGAAAUUCGCAAGGACGUCUCUGCACAGUAUCAAGGUGCUUUGCUGCUUGGUGAUGUUAGGGAACGUGUUUCCAUAUUGAAAAAUUGUAAGCAAACCUCUUUGGCAUAUUUGACCGCCAAGACACAUGGCCUUGUGGAGGAAGCAGACCAAAUGGCGGAGGAAUUUUCCGCGGAAGGCAAAGACUUACCACAAGUAAGCGAAGAUGCGAAGUUUCUCCGACCGCCGGUUCCAAUCCAACAGGCUGAAAGUAAUUGGCCUUUGCUGACCGUUUCCAAAGGAUUUUUCGAAGGAACCAUGAUGUCUCGCGGGGCUACCACGGUACAUCAGGCAUUAGCUCCCACCGAAAUGGUGUCCGAAGCUGCUGAAGAAGAGGAUGGAUGGGGCGUUGAUGAUGAUUUACAAGAUGGUGAUCGGUAUGAGGACGCGAAGGAGGAAAAUGAGGUUAAGACGGGUGAAGCAGGCGAGGGAGCUGGAUGGGAUGUGGGCGACGACGAUUUGGAAUUGCCCGAAGAAUUGAUUUCCAAAAUUUCAUCUUCAAAUGCCACCGGAAACAAAAACUUCUUCUCUGCUCCUCCAAAAGGACAUCCCCUCUCUCAUUUUUGGACACUCAAUUCGCAGCUGGCAGCUGAUCACGUACGUGCGGGGUCCUACGAUUCGGCUUGCCGUUUACUCAACGAUCAGGUUGGUGUAGUAAAUUUUGUGCCGUACAAGGUCCUUUUUAUGGAAUCGUACAUAGCGUCAAAAACAUCAUAUAGCAGCUUUCCCCAUGUUUCUUCGCUUUCUGCUCAUCCCAACCGUAAUUGGAAGGAAGUGAAUCCUAAAAAUUGUCAUCCUACACUUGCCUUCAAGCUGAACGAUCUUGUUCAAAAUUUGCAAUCUUGCUACCAAUUAACAACGACUGGCAAAUUUGUGGAAGCAAUCGAGAAACUCCAAAACAUCAUACUCUGCAUACCCCUGUUGGUCGUGGAAACGAGACAAGAAAUCGCUGAAGCUCAACAGCUUUUAACUAUAUGCCGGGAGUACGUUGUAGGGCUACAGAUGGAAACAGUUCGAAAAACACUUCCAAAGAAUACUUUAGAGGAGCAAAAGCGUAUAUGUGAACUGGCUGCAUAUUUUACCCACGUAAAUUUACAGCCAGUCCAUCAAAUUUUAACUCUUCGCACGGCCCUGAAUCUUUUCUUUAAGCUAAAGAAUUACAAAACGGCGGCAUCAUUUGCUCGACGUUUGCUGGAGCUUGGACCACGACCUGAAGUUGCACAGCAGGCUCGAAAAAUAUUACAAGCGUGUGAAAUGAAUGAAACCGACGAGCAUUCAUUGUUAUACGACGAGCACAAUCCUUUCACACUCUGUGCAGUUACAUAUAAACCGAUUUACCGUGGAAAAUCAGAAGAAAAAUGCUCCUUAUGCUCUGCUUCAUACCAGCCUCCGUACAAAGGUGUGACGUGUGUCGUUUGCCAAGUAGCCGAAGUUGGUAAGGACGUGAUAGGUUUGCGCAUUAGCACGUCACAAUUCAAGUAAUGCUAGAAGAUUUUCGUUGUGGUGAUACACGAUUAGAUUAUUAUUUGCGGUUAUCCAUUUUGUAUUCAAAACGAUAAACAAAUACGGUUCGAAGUGGUUUUGAACACAAUACAAGGCAUAUGAUAAAAUUUUAUAAUGUAGGUCACUCAUUGAGGAAAAUCCUCAAUCAUUCCGAUCUUUACGAUUUUAAGCAGAACGCUAGACCAUCACAUAUUGGGAGUUAAUAUUGAACGGUUUGUAAAAGCUGUGUGUUGAUAUGCAAAACCUAAAAAUAAAAAAAUACACUAACUGUUCAAGUGAUGUAUUCGUGAAAGGCGUAUUUUCAGUUAUUUUAUUGAGAUAUAUUAAAUCAUUCAAAUAAUAUUAUCAACAUUUUGUUGUCUAUCCAUUA